CACUGUUGCCAAUGAGCUGGGCUGACGACACGUUCCAGAAGAGUAUAAAAGGGAGACUCAUUGCUGGAAAUACUUGUUAUUUCAACUAUUCACAAAAUCCCUGGUAACAUCCUCUGGUAACAGCAAAGGUCCUGCUUGGAGGUUUCCAAUUCAUCCACAAGAAUUCCGUUUGGUAGCAAAGGAGUGAACUCCCCAACCCUUCCUUCUGCAAUUAACCUGAGACUGGCUGCAUGAUGGCUGCAUCCGAGAGUGAGGGGGGUUCUCAAAAAUUACGGUUUGCCUGGUGGCUGAUUAAGCAGAUCAACAGCAAAGACUACGAGGGGCUCUGCUGGGUAGACAAGGACCACACUCAGUUUCGCAUCCCCUGGAAACACAUUUCCAGGAAGGAUAUCAACCCUAACGACUACAAGAUUUUCAAGGCCUGGGCCAUAACCAGCGGAAAGUACAAUGAAAAGCUGAAAGAUCUAGCCAAGUGGAAAACCAACUUCCGCUGUGCCCUGAGAAGCACAAAUACGUUCCUGAAGGUGCAGGAUAACUCAAAGACCUCCGAGGACCCUCACAAAGUGUAUAAAAUCAUCAGCUCAAGCCCUGAUGCUGUGACAGCUGCUAAUGCCCUGACUACUAAAAACAAUAACCUGCUUGACAGUAAAGAAGACAUCCGCCCCCAUUCUGAAGAAGCCCCUAAUCUGCACCACCGUAUGCCACAGCAACUGCAGCCGCAGAUAGAAUUAGAUUUGGAGAUGCUGUCACUGGAAAACCCUCUCCAAGAGAUGGAUAGCGGGCAGAACGAAAGGCCAGCCUAUGACCCUGGCAGGAAUCCGCCCCAGGGCUACACCACCAAUCAUUCGGCGCCAAACGGCUACCAGUGCAGCCCCGACACACUCCACUGGAUUCUGCAACAGUGCAACUUAACCCAGAAUGACUGCAGCCCGCAGCAGCUGCCGUGGGCUCUGGAUGGACGUUUAGAUCACCGUUCAGAAGAAGUGCCAUAUGAAGACAGCCCAGGCUAUCUAAACCAACAUAUUGGCCAAAAUGGCUACCCACAGCAGGGGAGCGGAGUGGCAAAUGGACCAGUAGAGAACUAUCACCAAUCAGUUGGCCAUUGGGUGACUCAAACUAUGGCAGAGACCCAAACCAUGCAAAAUGCUUAUGGCCCUUCUGCUGCCUCACUUCUACAGCAGCCCCUCCCAUCCAGCCCAGUUCCUGACAUGAGUCAGCAUCUUAAUAAUGCAGCUGAAGUCCUGUUUGAGGGGAGACCUUACUACAAUAACCAUGCGGGCGUUCAAAGCACUUUCCUGAGUGAAGUGCCUGCAGGAAACGCAGUGAUCUAUCCAACGCUGAAUGGCCCGGGAGAGAACAGUUAUCACCAGCCGGCGAAUCAGUGGGCAGCCCCAGCAGUGCUGGAGCAGAACGGGUUCACCCAGCCUGCUGCCCCUCUCCCAGAGCAGCAUCCUCCUCCCAACACAGCACCAUCGCGGAACAAUACAGAAACCGUGCCUCCCAAUAUGGACAUCACCAUCUAUUACCGAGGGAAGUCACUCCACGAGGUGCAGGUGGCCACCAGCAGCUGCCUGUUCACAUACAAUAACGAAGACCCCACCAUUGUCCCAGGCUGUGCGCAGGUGGUCCAAUUCCCAAGCCCAGAUGAGCUGCCUGACCAGAAGCAGGUCCAGUUCACCAGGCAGCUGCUCUCGAACAUAGGGCUGCUGCUGGAGCAGAAGCACAAGAAGAUCUAUGCCAAGCGCCUGAAUAAAUGCAAGAUCUUCUGGGCCCUCUCCAGGCAACUGGUGAACAUGGCUCAGAACCCUGAGCCCAAGCUGCUGCCACGUGGCACAGAGAUGGAGAUCUUUGACUUUGAGGUGUUCUCAAAGGAGCUGAAGGAUUUUAAGGAACAAAGGGCUGCAUCUCCCGACUUCACCAUCUACCUUUGCUUUGGGCAGUGCUUCUCCAAAACCAAGCCCAAGGAGUCCAUGUUAAUCCUGGUGAAGCUGGUGCCUAAGUUCUGUGAGUAUUUCCAUGACAUGGUGCUGCGGGAGGGAGCCUCGUCCCUGAACAGCGGGAACGUGAGCCUCCAGCUGUCCAGCUACUUCAACAGCUUGUAUGACCUCAUUGAGCAGUUCAGCAUGGAGAUUGACUGAACCUCCUCCCAUCCCUAGGACCCAAGCUGCAUGUGCAUUGGCCAGUCCUUGCCUAGGUCUCUGGCUAGCACUUCUGAAAACACUUCUGCCUUUCCCUCGCCCACUUGCAUCAGUUUGCUCCCAUCAGAAAACAUGUGGGUGAGAUGAUGGGCGGCCUUGUGGCUUAGCCACAUCACUGGGACUCAGUAAAGCUGGGGUCAAUCCCUGCUGUGCCAUUGGCCUCCUUAGUGACCAUGGGCAAGUCUCUGCAUCUGGGCCUCACUUUCCCCAUCUGUAAAAUGGGAAUAAUUCCUUACCUCACAAGGUUGUUGUGAGGAGAAAUCCAUGUGAGGUGCUCAAAUAUUACGGCAAGAGACAGAUCAGCCUUCCCCACUCUGGGCCACCAAUUGAAAAUAGAGAUUUUUUUUUCCCCCAGCUGAAACAAACAGGGUACCCAGACACUGUGCUCUGAAGGUAGAAGCUAGAGAAUCUUCCUCUCUGUUUCAGGAUGUCAGCAAGAAAGUCAGGGCAUUGCAGGAGGGUGGGGGGGCAUACUCAUCUACAGCACUGUCAUGUAAUGAUCUUGUGCCUCCGUCUGGGCUGAGCUGGCUGGAUUUUAAGCUGAGUGAGGUUGGGUUUUUGUUUUUGUUUAAAGAAAUGGGGAUGUUGACAGGGGAAAAAAAUACUCAACAUCACCUGUUGCUGAAGUGAACGAAGCAGGAGCCCUCAGGGUGUAUUGUACAAUAGCCCUGGCCAGCUCUCCUGGGGUCACAGAGUUGGUACAAGGUGAGCUAAUCCGUCUGACAGAGGCUGAGGCCCAGCUCCUAAUGUCCAUUGAUUUGAAUGGAAGUUAGGAGCCUAAAUACCUGAGGAUCUGGGCUUUAAUCAGUUGAUCGACCAUUAUGGAAAAAUCUCCAGCCAGGGCUAGGAACAGGGGAGAGGCCCCUCUAGAAGACAGAUUCCACGUUCUCCCCAGGCUAUGUCUCUUUCAAACACUCCCCUGUCAGAGGUCUGUGACAUGGCAGGACCCACGGUCACGUCGAUCUGCAGGUGACUGCAGCUGUGUGCAAGUAGCGUACAGAAGGCUGAAGUAAGCAAGCUCUAGGAGGGCUGCUUUAAGCAGCUGGCCCAUGCCUCAUGCCCGCCCCUUACCACAAUGAGAUGAGAGGGGAAAGAAGGAGAAUGAGUAACACCCUGAACAGUGUAGCGGAGGGUGGGCCCGGAAGCUAUGACAGAGGCUGGUCCUGGUCCCAGUGGAAUUUUGCCAUUGACUUUCCUGGGAGCAGGAUCAGUCCUAUUCCAAAGUAGCUUGCGCACCCAACGUGCCUGGCUAAAAAAUUAAAGUUUAUAGCUCAACCCUGUAUUCUAACCUCUCCACACACUCUGCCUGAGGUCAGCCUGCAGGCCCAGCUGCACUCAGGCCCUGCACAUGUUGUAUGAGCCCCUGCGCCCUACAACUCCUUGAGCAGGGAGCUGCAUCUGCCUGAACCAAGUCACACCGACAACACUCCACGUCAUUCUUUGCCAGCUUCUGCCCCAUAAAGCACAUUCCCACAAGAGAAACGCGCUCCAUGUUCAUGUAGGAUAGUCCACCAUACCGCCUCCCUACCCCUUUUUCUGUCCUGCUUCCCUUGGACAUCACAACACGCAUGUGCUGGCUUGUUGUCAUCUGAUGAGCACACAACAUAUAUAGGCACAGAUCCAUAAAGCUGGCACUUUCCUAACCAUACAUGCUCAGGGAAACCAGUUGUUUUAAUUGGCAUAGGCCAGCAGUUCUUAAACUAUGGUUCACUGGCUGGCUACACCAUCCUCCUUAUUUCCUGCUCUCUCUCGUCUUUCUUGUGAUUUAUUUAUUUAGUACAGUUUCAGAAUGCUUGUCCAGGACACCCAGAGUUUAGGCUGGGUGCUUUUUCAUUUUUUUAACUGCAGCGUAGCCAAAAUCUCAAUUCAUUAAUUGCCUUUCAAACAGCUGCACAGGCACUAAGUACUGCCGGUGCCUUGCCCAUGUUAACAAUUGCGCUAGUUGCCACCAUGAUGUUGUGCAAUCAGAGCAACAAAGCUUGUGCAGUGGGAUGGGUCAUAAGACAUUAGGUCAGGACCGACACUGGGUCAGUAUGGGAAGGCCUACUGCUGUAGGCUACCGUUACGCAAGCAGUUUGGACUCUGACAGGAGACCUGAAUGAAACUGCCAUCACACACUGGGCAUUAUUUUUUCCUCCAAAAGGAACUACAGAUGUUAGCUUUAGGACCCUGCCAUGUCCUAGCUUUGCUGUGCUAUUGCUAAGACACCUGAGUAUCACCCUGGUAUCUGAGCACUGAAUUUCUGUGGAAAGCAGCAAGAGGAAGAUGACGAGUGUCUCUUCCUCUUUUUGCCUCCCCACAAUUCUGAGCUGUAUAUAUUUGUUGUGUUAACGUGGUUCUGGGUAGUUUCAAUUUUAUGUAAUUUUAAAUUUCUUGCAUCCCAUGAGUUUAGUAACGGAGAGUGAGUG